AUGCCUGAGAGCGAAGGUCUGUCUGUCGAUCCAGAGGACGUUCCUAAUCCUAGGCUGAUUGACGAGAAUGGUCAAUCAUAUAGCCAGUCCAUCCGGUCUAGUGUGAUUGACUAUGUGUAUACAAACGGUCGACGGUACCACGCAUUCCGCGCAGGUAAUUGGAUCGUCCCCAACGAUGAAAUUGAGCAAAAUCGCAUGGAUUUGCUUCACCACAUCUGGAAAUCUUCACUAGGAGGAGAGUGCUUGAAAUUCGGAGGCUGUGUGGAUCGUAUUGAUCGAGUCCUGGACGUGGGAACGGGCACAGGUCUCUGGGCCAUCGAAAUGGCUGAUGCUUUCCCUUCCGCUACUGUGAUUGGCAUAGACCUCUCUCCAAUUCAACCAGGAUGGACACCGCCGAAUUGUUACUUCUUCGUGGACGACGCAGAGCAGGUGCCAUGGGAGUUUGAGCAGAAGUUCGACAUUAUCCACAUUCGCAGUAUGGAGGCGGCUUUCGGGAAUUGGAGCAAAGUCUAUGAGCAAGUAUUCGAGAACCUUCAUCCGGGAGGGAUCGUUGAGAACCAGUCCCAAGAGAGCUGGAUUCAUUCGCUCGACCGAGACACACCCGAUGCUGUGAUGGAGUGGCAAAGCCUUCUUGUUGGGGCUAGCAGGAGCUUCGGUCGUGAUAUGCACAUGUCCAAGGAGCACAAAAGACUCAUGCAAGAAGCCGGAUUUCAAGAUAUUGAAGAAGUGGUGUACAAGAUCCCCAUAGGGCCAUGGGCGAAGUCAGAUAAGCAGUUGUCAGAGGUCUGCCUCGGUGUCAUGUUGGAGGGCGUGGAAUCGUACUCGUUACAGCUACUGACCCGGGAGCUCGGAAUGUCGCUGGAAGACACUCAGAGGAUCAUCCGAGACUGUCAAGCGGAGAUGAUGGAUCUCAGCAACCACCUGUACGUAGUUCACAGAGUGACUAAGGGCAAAAAGCCAUAA